UAAAGAGGGGAAAGCAAAGAUGCCUGCCUUAAUUUGAGGUGAAAAAAAUGGAAGGUAGCGGUGGAGUGGAGCUUUCUCCAUCCGCAUCUGUUGCUAUAUUUAAAGAGUACUUUUACAUUAGCCUAUUCAUCACAGAGACGGGGCAGAGGAAGGGCCAAAACCGCCUGAGGUUCAGAUGUUCUUCACGAGUCUCCAUAUAUAAACAAACCCAGUCCCCAGGAUCCAUUUCUCAAGCACUAGAAAAGAAAAGGGGAAAAAAGAAAUCAGCGCCAUAUUCAAUAUGGCUACUGCUCCUGUGGAGAAGCAUUUGCAUCCGCUUUUUAUGUUGCUUGGGAAUGUGCUAAUGCUGAUGACGUCCUGCGCGAGAGGUGCUGAGUAUGUGUCGGCAGUGGGUGACCCGGGAAUGCGAAGGGAUGGGCUGAGAGUGGGGUUCGAAGCUUGGAACUUCUGCAACGAGGUUGGCCAAGAAGCUCCUGGCGUGGGCAGUCCGAGGGCGGCCGAUUGCUUCGAUCUGGAGUCAAGUAAGCACAGAGACACACCGUCCCAAAAGGGAAAAAAGAAAAGGGAAAGAGUAAAGCAGGCAGGUGCUGCACUGAAACACAAGGUAACAGAAGCCGAUAACCAGCUUGGGGUGGGCAAAUCAUUCCCAGGUCUAUCCUCAGAAGCCCUGAAAGACCCAGACAUGUACGCUGUCGAGAAGGAGCUCUACUUGGGGUCUCUGUGUCAAGUCCCGGACACCCCGAGGCCAUGGCAAUUCUGGAUGGUGAUGCUCAAGAAUGGCAAUUACGACACCAGCUCUGGCCUGUGCCCUGAGAAUGGGAAAAAGGUGCCACCUUUCAAGCCAGGGAGGUUCCCUUGCUUUGGUACUGGGUGUAUGAACCAGCCAGUAUUGAAUCACCAGGAGACACGGUUACUGGGCGAUGGUACGAUGAGAGGGAGCUUUAACGGGACUUACGAUCUGGAUUCUGACGUUGGGAAGGGGAAUGACGGGGCCUCGUACUAUGAGGUAACCUGGGACAAGAUGGUUGCUGAAGGAAGUUGGAAAUUUUAUCACAAGCUCAAGACCUCAAAGAAGUACCCGUGGUUGAUGCUCUACCUCAGGGCUGAUGCAACCAAAGGGUUCUCUGGUGGGUACCAUUACGACACCAGAGGGAUGCUCAAAACUCUUCCCGAAUCGCCUAAUUUCAAGGUAAGAGUGACCUUGGACAUCAAACAAGGAGGUGGUCCCAAGAGCCAGUUUUAUUUAGUGGACAUAGGCAGCUGUUGGAAGAACAAUGGGGACCCUUGCGAUGGCGAUGUGACCACUGACGUCACCCGAUACAGCGAGAUGAUUAUUAACCCCGAAACCCCAGCUUGGUGCAGCCCCAGCCCCAGCGGGCUAGGCAACUGCCCCCCGUAUCACGUAACGCCUGACAAUAAAAAGAUCCACAGAAAUGACACUGCGAACUUCCCAUACUCGGCUUAUCACUACUAUUGCGCUCCAGGCAACGCGCAGCACUUGGAGAAACCUGUGAGCACGUGUGAUCCGUACAGUAAUCCUCAGGCGCAAGAGCUGGUUCAGCUCUUGCCACACCCCAUCUGGGCCGAGUAUGGCUAUCCAACGAAGCAAGGGGACGGUUGGGUUGGGGAUGGAAGAACUUGGGAGCUCGAUGUUGGUGGAUUAGCUUCUAGGCUCUACUUUUAUCAGGAUCCCGGAACUACUCCAGCUCGGAGAAUUUGGACAUCCAUCGACAUGGGCACCGAAAUUUUCGUCAGCGACAAAGACGAAGUGGCAGAGUGGACUCUCUCCGACUUUGAUGUCCUUAUUCCGUCGGCAGACGCAUCAUGAUUCAAGUUCGUCUUCCGCAUUUCUGCCAAAAAUUAAUAAAUUAAGAAGGACAGAAAACUCGUUCGAGAUGCAAAUCGGGGGACAACAGCUCAGGAAGCCUGGCAAACCCGUAAGGGCAUGGCUUAUUUAAUCUGUAUUUUCACUUCAAUGUGAUCACAGAAUUCAUAUACGAGAACCACAACAUUGAACUAUAGAUUGACAUUUUCUUCAUGCUUUUAUACUAUUCGAUGAAAAGACGGUCAGGUUUAAGACCGUAAGGCAGAAACUGAUGCUGGGCAAUCUGCGAAUUCGCAGCACAUAAAGCAGAACACUAUUGCUGUAUGACCUUCAUUACUCUUUUCCUAAAA